GGUAUCUAUUCUGCGCUUCUAUGAAUACCAUGUCACAAUAGACAUACCACAAUAGGCAAGGACAGGAAUGGUCUAAGCAGCAGCCCCGAAUUCGGUAGAGAGAACCCAUCAUGGCCAACCCGGUCCAACAACCGCAAGGUAUUGCCCUUCGCCGCACAUUGUGUUUCUACAGUCCACCUCCAGAUGGCAGUGAUCCCGAAUACGUAGAAGGAGCUAGCCAAGAACCAGGCAGGAGGAACUACCCGCACAGAAAAGAGAAGGUCUUAAUCACGGACAUCAGGCGUCACGAGAAUAGCUUCACGUUAGAUGAGCACUCAUUCGCUGCACUUCCUGAAGUCUUCGACCAAGAAAUCAACUUCACAGCCCCCGAAGAGAUCACUGAGAAGUAUCUGCCAUGGGUACAGAAGCUCAUUCGCAAACACAUCCCGUACUGUGUAAACGUUGCCAUUUUCAACUGGCUAUUGCGAAAGGCCUCCGCCACGAAGACCUUCAGCCGUCAAGUCCACAAGAUACACAUCGAUCAGUCCCCCACGGGUGCUUUCCUGCGUGCUCGUCGACACUUGUCUGCGGACCACGUCACAGCUAUCGAGAACGGGCAGGCAUAUUUCCGAAUUAUCAACGUCUGGAAGCCUGUUUUCCGUACUGUGAGAGACCACCCGAUUACCUUCGCUGAGUCCCGAUCCCUUCGAGCUGCGGAUCUUGUCCCUGUCCGUCAGGUCUCUUCGGAUUAUGUCGGGGAGACAUAUGCUGUCAAGCACAGAGAGGGACAGAGAUUCCGGUAUUGGAGCGAUAUGAAACCGGAGGAUGUGGUCCUCAUUCAGUGCUUCGAUAGUCGGGAACAGAGUUGGGAGGACGGGGUUAAUGGUGGACUGAAAUAUGUCCAAUGUGCACAUGGGUCGUUUCAGCUUGCCGAGGAAGAGCAAGAUGAGACAUGUACUCGGGAGAGCAUUGAGGUGCGAUGCUUAGUUGUUGUGGCUACGAUGUAGUUCCUUGAAUGGGCUGCUACAUGUGAUAUUAAGAAUGAUGACAGUUCCACACGCGCAUGGGAAUGUGACGAGCUCCUAU